AACGCUGUCAACAAAAUAUGUAAACUCAUCCAGUUUUGCUUGGCCGCACAGUGCAGUGAAUUUCGAUUGAACAUUUUUCCUCGUAAAAGGCUUGCAGUGAACGAAUUAUUUGUGCCCACAAUAAAAAGUUAAUCGUGCAGUGAAUAGUUGCAAUUCCAUUUGCCGAAACCAUGUACCCAAUGCAGGCUGUUAGCGCCGGCCCCUUCUGGAGCAACGGACCGAGCCCAGGAGCGUUCUACAACUUCCCCGGAUUCCACGCCGGCAGUGGAGCCGUUUCUGCCAAAUCGGAAACACCCGGCGAGUAUGGCACCCAGCGAUCCUACACCCCGGUUACGACGGGAACGUCCGUGAUAGGGUUGAAGUUUGCCAACGGUGUGGUGAUUGCUGCCGAUAAGCUGGUCUCCUACGGGUCGUUGGCCCGCUUCCACGACGUUGAUCGUGUGUACAAAAUCAACGACAAAACAAUCAUCGGAAUUGGCGGAGAUUUCGCCGAUUUUCAGUACAUCAAGCGGCAUAUCGAUCAGAAAGUGGUCGAUGAUAUGUGCUUGGCAGAUAAGAAUGAACUCAAACCCAAAUCCCUCUACAAUUGGCUCACCCGCGUGAUGUAUAACCGUCGGUGCGAUUUCAAACCACUCUAUCUGGACAUCGUCGUUGGAGGAAUGCAGGACGGCGAGCCCUUCCUAGGUCACGUGAAUCUGCGUGGUCGCGCCUACACCAGCAACGUCGUCGCGACCGGCUAUGGUACCCAUCUGGCCCUGCCACUGCUCCGCGAGUACUCGGAAAAUCCAACUGCCUACGCCGGAUUGGACAAGCAGAAGGCCUCCGAAUUGACCAGAAGCGUAAUGGAAGUGCUGUGGUAUCGCGAUUGCCGAAGCGAUCCCAAAUAUUCGCAAGCCGUCUGCACGACCGAUGGCGUCCAAGUGGAUGCGAACUGCUUCGUCAAGCAGAACUGGAAUCUGGCCACGAUGAUAAAGGGAUAUUAGACGCACACGAGGAGUUUAGUGCGAAAUUGAUACAGCUAUUGAUUUAAUUAUCUUUUCAAAUAAAACAUCCCAUAACAAUCGGUUUAUCGUCGGAUACGAAAAUGUAAA